CUGUUGUGACUUUGAUGACAAUCAGAUGAGAUUUGAGGGCCAGAAAACCAGGUGCUUCCAAAGGGUUGCUGUAGUUCUUCUUGCAACUUCAUGUUGUGGCUGAGCAGGAUUGCGCGUGACUUAUUCCUGCACUUUUGACGACUAAAAUGUAAAAGGGAUGCAACUGUCUUGGUUUUUGCCACAGUUACUUGCUUGAAACUUGAAGGUUAAGAUUCGAGACUGACUUAUGUUGCACAUAUGGGACCAACUUGAAUCAGCUUUUUUCCACCCUGCACUAUGUUUAAAUGUUAUGUUCAGUCAUACAAAUAUAAUUGUGUGAGAUUAUAAACUUGUCUCUAUAUUCUUGUGAUUUUGAUAAAUAUCAGAUCAUAUUUUGUGUUAUAGAGAGAUCCAUGCAAUUUCAAAGGUUCUCAUACUUUUUCUUGCAACUACGGAGCAUGUAAACAUGCUGUUAGCAACUUAGUAGCUAGCCGCUGCUAGCGUAGCAUUGUUAUCGCGAGCUUUUUGCUGAGGUACGUCGUCUUUUGGACAACUUCCCUACAUAGUUACGGUAUUUAUGACAUUUUAUAACGAAACUAUAAGUUACGUUUCCGUAGAAAUUCUGGAAAUGGCGCAAAAAGGGGUGAAUAGGGUUACUGCGGGUCGAGGGGUGGUCUCGUUGUUUGAGGGGAGGGGGCCCCCGGGGGCCCUCAUCUUUGUGCUGGUUUAAAUGUCCAGAGACCACACGAAGGGAAGCGGCCAUGGUUUUAAUAAACGCCUGGACUCUGUCAGGCAGUCAAAAAGAAGAAACAUCCAAAACGUCACCUCCAACACACAAACUGCCGGUCAAGACCAAGCAAAAUGAGCAUGAAGACGCUAUUUGGGACUUGUGUGAUUCGGACUCCUCAGGUUACACCGACCGUUCAUCUGAUGUGAUUGACAUCACAGAAGAGGUGAUAAAGUUUCGGAUUGGGGAAUGUUUCCAAUCAGAAAGCGUUCCAGCUGCAAAUGACUCUCUGGCGGAGUUUGUAUACGUGCUAGGCAGUGAAGAUGAGAAAGCCGAUGACGAGCACGACUUCAACAUAUCCGCCGACGCUGUGGCCUGUGGGAACGGUGGGACAGAAUCCAACAACGAAGAAACAAAGGAGGAAGCCACCUCCAUAGAUGCGUUCCAGGUCCCGCAGAGCGAGCGGAAACGCAAGAGAUGCAUGAAACGCGGCCGCAGGAAAGAAUCCACCACGGAAGUGGCAGAUUUGCAGGAGGAAGAGAGAGAUGAUUUUGAGAAAGACAAAGGCGGGCGAAGGAGGUCGAAGGGAGGGAACGUUCCGUGCGGCGCCGUAUUGGAUGGCAACGACUUGGCCGACCACGUGCACAAGAGGAGGACGGUGACCAGAAUGUACAAAAAGGUCACGCCGACCAACAGCGCCACCUACACUCAGCCCGACCAGACGCGCCGGGAGGAGACCAUUGAGAGGAUUGUGGAAAUGAAACUGGGCAUUGAAGGCUUCUGUUUGUGUUGCGGGAGUGACAACGUAGAGAUCUUCCACCCGCUCUUCAAGGGAGGUCUCUGCUUGCGGUGCAAAGACAACUUCACCGAGACGUUGUAUCGCUACGACGAUGACGGCUAUCAGUCCUACUGCACCAUCUGCUGCUACGGCCUGGAGGUCAUCCUGUGCGGUAACGACGGCUGCUGCAGAUCCUACUGCAACGACUGCCUCAACAUUCUGGUGGGCCGUGGAACUUUUGACGCGCUCAAGGAUCUGGACCCGUGGAUUUGCUACCUCUGUCAGGACCACCGAGCCCACCGCGCCCUCCUUCCCAGAGAGGACUGGAGCAUUCGUGUCCAGCAGUUUUUUGCCAACAACAGCGCUAUGGAGUUUGAGCCCCACCGCGUUUACCCGUCCAUCCCCACUAACCUACGAAGACCCAUCCGAGUUCUCUCACUUUUUGACGGCAUCGCAACAGGGUACCAGGUGUUGAAGGACCUCGGCUUUAAGAUCCACACGUACGUGGCCUCGGAGAUUUGUGAGGAUUCCAUCGCGGUCGGGGUCGUCAACCACGAUGGGAAGAUAAUCCACGUUGGUGACGCCCGCGACAUCACCAAGGAAUUUUUGGGGAAGUGGGGUCCUUUUGACCUGCUGAUUGGUGGAAGCCCCUGUAAUGACCUCUCCAUUGUGAACCCUAUCAGAAAAGGACUCUACGAGGGUUCGGGCAGGCUCUUCUUCGACUUCUACCGCAUUCUGCAGAUGCUCAAGCCCAAAGAAGAAGACCACCGGCCGUUCUUCUGGCUCUUCGAGAACGUCGUCUUCAUGAACACGCAUGACAAAGUCAACAUCUGUCGCUUCCUCGAGUGCAACCCGGUUCUGGUGGACGCCGUCAGAGUGAGCCCCGCCCACAGAGCGCGUUACUUCUGGGGGAACAUUCCGGGAAUGAGCAGGCCCAUCACAGCCUGGCAGAGUGACAAGUUGAAUCUGCAGGACUGUUUGGAGGUCGGCAGGGAAGCCAGGGUCACCAAAGUGAGAACCAUCACCACAAACCCAAACUCGCUGAAGCAGGGAAAAAACGUCUCGCUACUUCCAGUCCUCCAUCAAGGCAAAGAAGACAACCUCUGGAUCACCGAACUUGAAAAGAUCUUUGGCUUUCCCAAACAUUACACGGACGUGAGGAACAUGAACCGACUGCAGAGGCAGAAGGUGCUGGGUAAGGCGUGGAGCGUUCCCGUCGUCCGACACCUCUUCGCCCCGCUCAAGGACUACUUUGCCUGCGAGGAGCUCACCCCCUCCAGCCCAGCCGCUGUGACAGCGUACGCGCAGCAGCUCGGCUAGAGCGAGCGAACCAUGUUUGUUUUUUAUUAUUAUUAUAUUAUUAUUAUUUUUUUUUUAAAGGAACCAUGUUGGUUCAAGUCUUUUUAAAUGCAAUUUUGUUAAUAUGAACUUGCUGAUAGGUCUAAAAGAGUGUAACCAUUGACUAAAGUCAACUGUCAACAGCUUUUGUAAGUUUUUAAAUGUUCUAACUCAGGGAAGAAGUAAUGUUUUUAUACAGAAAUAUAUAUUUAUAUACACAUAUAGGUAUAAGGGAAAGUAUGUGAACCCUUUGGAAUGACCUGGAUUUCUGCAUAAAGUGGUCAUAAAAUGUGAUUUGUCCCCCCCCCUUAUUUCAUUUUUACUCAUUCAAAACACUUCAGUUAAUAAGAAAUAUAGGAGUAAUUGCCAGUCAACGAGUGAGUACAUUUUUGGGGACCCCCUGUGAAAAGUAUACUGUAAUAUCGCAAAUCUAUCUGACAGCCUACUUGAACUAAUAUUGAACAAGUUUACAUCGUGCAAGGGUGGUUCAAGUAUAUGAACUUUUGGAUUUAAUAAGUGCUUGAGCCUCCUUUGGGAGCAAUAACCUUCAAAUUAGAUGUGCACAACCGUCGAGAGGAAUUUGAAACUAUUCCUCUUGAGUACACUUUUUCAAAUGAGAAAUAUUCCUGGGAUGUCUGGUCAUGCCACAGAAUUUCAAGCGUGUUGAGGUCAGGACUCUGGAUUGGCCCCCAAAGAAGGCGGAUGUCGUAGCCAUUCGGUUGUUGGUUUACUUUUGUCCUUUGUGCUAUUGUUGUGUUUUUUUUUUUACUCAUUUAAACAUUCAAUGUCAUGAA